UCGAAUGGAGAUGGAACGAAGAAGCGGACAGGUCGACACGCAUAAAUUUAUUCUUGAUUUGGUAGCCACUUCUAUAUAAAAAGGGAGCUUGCUAGAUUUUCUCGAUCAGUCGGAUCGGAUCAGUUUCUGGUUAAUAUUCUAUAGGUCAUAAAACUAGCGCAGCCACAAUGAGGUUGCUGUUUGUGUUUGUAGUUAUUGCCACCGUCGUAACUGUCAUUAAAAGCUAUUCCGAGGAUGACCACUGGAAAGAUUUCAAGAAAAAACACAAAAAAGAUUACAGACCUUCUUCUGACGGGGGUAAAAACGAUAAAACCAGGAAAGAACUUUUCCGGGCCAGAGAUAAGCAAAUCAAGAAGCACAACAGCGAAAAGGCUGGAACCUUUCGAAAGGAACACAAUCAAUUCUCCGACCUGUGGCCGUUGGAGUUGAGAAGUUAUCUCGGUGUCAAUGCCACUGCAGUUCCAUCCCUGGCGUUUAUGAGUUCCGUUAGCGUUGACCUGGAAAGUCGUGCAGUCCGUCGUGCAGUCCUUCCACGCGGAGUCUCCAGAAUACUCGCGACAUUUACAAACCGGUUCCUUAUUAUUGCGACUUUUCACUUUUGGGAGUGUGGUAGGGGGUAAUGUACGUUGUCUUUGUAAAAAAAAGCGCCAGGUUCAUCUUUUAUUCGAGAAUCAUACAAACGGGAAACUCUCGGUGGCAAAAGUGACGUCACGACGCCUCCUCAUGUAAAUGUCUCACAAGUUUUUGUUCAAAAUGUUGGAAACUAGUUCGGGUGUUCCGACUAAGUGUACAUUCGGAUAAAACAUGGAAACAACACUUUCCCGCCGCAGCUUCAUUAUUUUCUAGCUCAAAGGGAUUUGACAAUCGAUUGAAAAUUUCCAACGCAUCUUUCACCACAUUACUUAUCCGCCGUUGAGAAUAAAAGACCGAGCUUUGUGCCUAAUAGAACAGGAAUUAAGUGCUCUCCAAUCAACCAAACGAUAAUUGCGGCUUCUAAAGAGCAUAUUGUGAAUAACGAUAAGUCGUAAAAGCUUUCCUACCUUCAAAGGGCGUGCUUGGCUGCAUCGUUAAAAAAACAAACAAUUGAGAUCACUUGAUAUACUCGUUUCUAGGCGAAGACGAACCGCAGUCUUUAACACGCUACGACCGACCUCAUUUGUAUUGAUAGACCUGUGAGAACAAAGUCUGUUAAGAUGCCUCUGCUGGAGCGGGGGCGUUACUAAGGAUGCUGCUAAGCUUCUGUUGCUGCUUCUCGUCGAGCUUUAAUUGUUCGCUGAUUCUCUGCGCCAUGGUCGGGAGGUUUUCGUAUCCCAUUUCGGCGGCGUAGUCGAUCGCCAUCUAUUUCCCAGAUAAAAGGUGUAUUUGUUAUAUGUCAGUUUUAAUUUUUGGGGAUUAUUGCGAUGCAUAGAAAAGAAGUGGUGGGCAUACCAAAGUUGUUGCGGAAUUCUGGCGCUCAAUACAUUUCUCAAUAAAAAUGUUUAACGAUGCCAACGGGAAGUAGGAGGACAACUGAUUCUUCAAUUGGUUGACUUUGAUCAUAACUUCAUCCGCAGAGUCCAAGUCGC